GACAACCAUCACGACGAUAAACGUUCGAGGAACUUAAACGCAACGCUGUACGUUUUGUCGCGCUCUUUUGAGUCUUGAUAAUCCAGGACAAGCAAACCCUACCUCCACCACCGCGACUUGGAUGGAUACUGUGCAUUAUUUCUGGAGUAAGUCCAUUUUAUCAAGCAGAUUUUUCGUCCAUACUGAACACACUUUUAAGAGGCGCUCUUUAUACGUUCGACACACGGAAUGCCAGAUUGCGUGUACAUAAUGAGUGCACCCACGUCGCCGUCAUCCUGACCUGCCCGAGAAAUCCUCAUGAAAGACUGGGAACUCAGUACUCAGAAUAGCAUCGGCAGUGCGGUGGCUGCAGCCGACACCAUUUCCGCGCCGUGGACUCCCACGAGUUCCGGGCCGCCGCCCGACGCGAACGGCUCCGGCUCGGAUACCAAGAACCUCGAUGUUGGCGAAAUUAGCGAUGACGAGAAGGACUUAUCGGCAGCGGACGCGGAAGGUGUAUGGUCGCCGGAUAUCGAGCAGAGCUUCCAAGAAGCUCUCACUAUAUAUCCGCCAUGCGGCCGACGCAAAAUCAUCCUGUCCGACGAAGGGAAGAUGUACGGUCGGAACGAGCUGAUUGCCCGUUAUAUCAAACUGAGAACAGGCAAGACGAGGACGCGAAAGCAGGUCUCUUCGCACAUACAAGUGCUUGCUAGGCGAAAACUUCGCGAGAUCCAAGCGAAGCUCAAAGUGCAAUUCUGGCAACCGGGUUUGCAGCCAGGAACGUCCCAGGAUGUCAAACCGUUUUCGCAGCCGGCGUACACCGGAAAACCAGCGACAGCGGUUUCAAGCGGUGACAGUCCAGGCUCAACCACCCCCGCCUGGGAAGGACGUGCCAUCGCAACCCACAAACUCAGGCUUGUCGAGUUCUCGGCCUACAUGGAGCAUCAGAGAGAUCAGGAUAUUUAUCACAAGCACCUGUUCGUCCACAUAGGAGGGUCCGCGACUUAUGCGGAUCCAUUGCUAGAGGCUGUUGAUGUCAGGCAGAUAUACGACAAAUUCCCAGAAAAAAAGGGCGGCCUGAAGGAACUUUACGACAAGGGACCACAGGUGGCUUUUUUCCUCGUUAAAUUUUGGGCUGAUCUCAAUACAAACAUUCAAGACGAAGCUGGAGCCUUUUACGGCGUAACAAGCCAAUACGAGAGCAACGAGAACAUGACGAUAACAUGUUCGACCAAAGUCUGCUCCUUCGGGAAACAGGUGGUGGAAAAAGUGGAGACGGAAUACGCUAGGUUCGAAAAUGGCAGGUUCGUCUAUCGUAUUAGUCGUUCGCCCAUGUGCGAAUAUAUGAUCAACUUCAUACAUAAAUUGAAGCACCUGCCAGAAAAGUACAUGAUGAAUAGCGUUCUCGAGAAUUUCACCAUUCUUCAGGUUGUAACGAACAGGGAUACGCAGGAAACGUUAUUAUGUACAGCAUACGUGUUUGAAGUGUCGACGUCCGAGCACGGUGCACAACAUCACAUAUACAGAUUGAUCAAGGACUAGCCUGCUUGAACCUGCUCGCCAUGCAGCCAUCCACCCCCCAUCAGUGCCUACCAUCACAUAAAAAAAAUCAUCCAUACGCGCAUAUACACGUCUACAUACAAAAAUGUUAACCCUUUGAAGCAUUAGUUAUAUCGUUGUGAUAUCACAUUUUUAUAUUGUUUUGUAGAUUCUUUUUAUCCUUAACCAAGGACACAAAUAUAGUAUUUACAUUGUAGAAUAAAUAUGAUAUUUACAUCAUAUAUUAAAUGAUUAACAAAAUUUGAUUUUAAUUGAUUUGUAUAUGAAAUAUGUAAAUGUAAAUUUCUAUAAUUUAAUUUUUGUCUUUCCUUUUUUUUCUUUUUUUAAUCGAUUAUAAAUGAUUGAUAAUCUUGAAUAUCUUUUUUAAACGCUUCAUGGGGUUAAGCGUUAAUACAUAAUUGUAAACACGCUAUCUACUAUACAUAGAUACAUUUCGCAUCUAUGUGUAAUAAAGGUUCCAUUGAAAAUGUUCUGUUAUUAAAAGAAAAAAAGGAAAAAAUAAUGCAUAGAGUCAUGUGUUUUUACAUUCAACGUUUACUUUAAUGAUAGAAAAUAUUUAACUAUUGAGAGAUUUGAUAUAUUGUAUAAAUAUAUUUUUAUUUACAAAUUUGAGAUUUAUACGUGAUUUUUAAUCAAAUUAUAAUUUUUAAUUUAAUUAGGUUUUUCUUUGUUCUGUAUUUUCGAACAUUUUCUGUGAAACUCCUUAAAGAGAAUGUGGAACACAAAUACGUGAAUACAUUAUACACAUUACAUACACAACAUACACCUUUACACGUUAGAAGUACUGGCCAGCCCGAGCUUGAGUUUGAUUCAAAACUGAGAAAAGUUGUAAUAAAAAAAAAUAAUUGGUACGCGUGUUUUAACGUAUCGAGGAAAGAAUUUCCUGCUUAUAGUUUCUGCAGGAAGUGCAUUCCAGAUGACGAAAUUGUAAAUUUUAUAUUGAGAAACAGAUAUAAUCGUAUAUAUAUUUUAUGAAUAUUCCGUCAUUUGCUUGCAAACGAUCGAAUUCGUCGCGGUUUUAAUAAAAGAGAUAUAAUAAAAGUUAAGUUGAAAUUGACGACAAUAAAUUUGGAAAAAAAUGAGUGUCAGAGAUAUAGUGUAUGUACCAAACGAAGAAGAAUAAAAAAAAAAAAAUAUAUAUAUAUAUAUAUAUAUAAAAACAUAAAAAAAAGUGUAAGAUGAGAAACAGACUCUGAUCUCGGAAAGGCGUGGUACCAACAUAAUUUAGUAUUAUAGUUUUAUUAUUAAAUUAGGAAAUAGAUCAGACAAGACAUCCACACACAGAUAUACAUAUAUUACAUAUAAGAAUAUAUAUGUUAAAUAUUAAUGCAAUGAUUACGAUUUACAUUGUUAUAAAUGAUCGUGUAUAAAGUUAUCUAAGUGAUUUCUAAGUUUUAAACGAAAUGGAAGUUGAAUAGAGAGGUAAUGCCAUUAUGAUUUCUUAAGUUUCCUUAAUUAUAUUAUCAUUACAAUUUUUUUUUUUAAUUAUCCAAACUGAAAAAGAUUGAGAAUAACGUUACAACCGAAACCUUAAGCUUUCUUUUAUAGAAAUGUUUUCUUUCUUUUCUAUUUUUUUUUUUUUUUUUUUUUUUUUUGUUUUUUUCUUAGUUCUAUUACGACUAACAGUAAGAAUUUUCGCUGCAGAGCUUUUUAAUUCUCAAUGAUCAGAUAAAAGAAAAAAAAGAUUUUUAUGUACUUUCUAAAAGAGACAAACUUUUAAUAAACGCACUUACAGUCGUGCAAACCCACCCAUUCUUAGGCAGCGACACUUAGAUUAGAGGGAUGUGUUUGUAUUUCUUAUAAUCAUUUUAUUUUGUACUCUAAGAUCUUUCUUUUUUUCUAUAGUUCUUACGUAAAUGAUUUUCUUACUUAGCAUAUUUUGUUUGUUUUUAUCUUUCUAUUACACAUUUAUGAUACAAAUAUAUCAGAUUUUAUUAAUUACGUGCGCUAGAUACGGACAACAUCUAUCAAAUAGAGAUACUUUUCUUUAACUUAGUGACAUGAUCAUCUUAAUACAUUUUAUUAGGAGAAUAUUAAAAUUAAAGUUCAAAAAUGUAAACUAAAUCUAAUCUUUGAGCUUUAUUCUCCAUUUUUAAAGAGCAACUAUGUAAUAGUGUGAUAAAUUUUAUCACAGCUCUCUAAAUUUGAGCAUAUAUUUAAGAGUUCAUACAACUUUGCUUGACAAUGUGUUUUGUACUUAAUUUUAUUUUAACAUUUCAAUGUAUGAACCAAAAGUUUCAUAUUAUAGAUAUUCUGUUUUACAACUUUUCAACAACAAUUAUAUAAGAGAGUAAAGGACCAUUAAAAUCUUAUGCGAUUAAUUUUAUUUAGUCACAUCUCUCGCAGAGACUAUAUACAUGUAAAUGCACAGAAAACUUUUUAUAUAUUCUUUAAUCUGAUCAAUUGCGUGUUCUGAAACAGGACUUGCCUAUAUGGAGCAGUGAAUGUUAAGAUAAUACAGGAAAGAAUCAUGUAUACUUUAAGGAAAUAAUUAAUACUUACUUUAUUCUUUACUUUAAUUAACUUUUACGCAACAAGUGGCAAUGUAUUUUGAUCUCUCUUUUAGUCAGAAAUAUGUCGCUUUUUAUUUGGGGUGAGAAUUAAAUUCGUUAAGUGAUUGACUGAAUAACGAAGGAACUUAUAUAUUUAAAUAAUAAUGUAUAUGGCUUUCGUUCAAUAACUGGCAGCUUUCACAAUUUUCACAGUUUUUACUUAUUGUUAUCUUUUUUUUCUUUUUUUUUUUUUUUCUCUUUAUAAUUGAUUAUAAGUUUCGUUUUUACAUAUUAUAUCCAUAAAUCGUAAUUUUACUAAAUUGUAUGUAUAUUAAGGUAGAAUUAGAAUCAUUAAGAUGAUUUUAUAUGAUAUUAUCAGAAAAUUUAAUCACUUGUUUUUAUCAGUAGUAUAUACGUAGAUAACAAGAAAAAGAAAAAAUAUUUUUCUGCGAUUUAAAUCAAUAAAAAUAUAUGCGCUACAGUAAAAAUUAUUUUGUUUAAUAUUAAUUAAUCAAAAAGAUAUCUAAUGGUUCUAAUUUUACCUAUGAUAAAUUGUUAUUACAAAAGCAAAAAAUUAUGCAAUAUAUUUAGAAAAUACUCAAAUGUUUUUGGUUAUACGAAUUUUUAUUUUAAAGAAAAAUUAUGAAGAAAAAAAUGGGAGAAGUUUGAAAUCGCAAAAAGAAAAAAGCACCGACACUAAUAUUAUUAACAUUAACGAAUAAUGAUUUUAAAGUAAGCGAAUUACAUUUAUAAGGAAAGAUUAUGAAAAUAUAUAUUUAUCUAUGUCUUCUGUGAAGAUAGAAAAUAGCACUCUCUCACUCUAUAUUGAUGAUAUCAGAAAAGAAAAAAUUGAAAUCCAUAAAGAUACAAACGCAGAAGUAGAUUAGGGAGAAAGUGGAAGAAUUCGCACUGUACACAAUACAUGAUAUGAUUGAUAACAAACCGACGAAAUUUGUUAAAUACUUUGUACAUAUUUACAUAAAGAUCAUCAAAAGAAAAGUUCCAGUACAUUUUAUGUAUUACAUAAAGUACUUUGGCGAAAAGAAUAUUACUUGUCAUUUGUAAAUCGAAUUUUCGAAAUUAAAAACACUAAAAUUUUUGUCU